CAGAUUACCGUACUGUAUGAACUUUAUUUAAURAWCAGAGUUUUCAGGAAGAAGAAAACAGAUAUGGUUGUCGUUCGAGACAAUAUACACCGCGCUUGUCGACUAGUGCUUUUUGUUUGUAGAGUGAAGAAAACAAAUACGGUCGUCCGAAACUAAAACCACAACGACAAAAAUUAACACGAGCUUAUCUACAAGCUUGGAAGUAAAGUGGACCUUAMAAGCAGCUCACAAUACUUCCUUUCAAAUUUCAAAUCAGUUAGUUUUAGCCAACACGCUGUARACYGUGUUCAGACUGCUCUCACUUGGUAAGCGUUCUUCCCUUUGUUUGCAUUUCGUCUUGUUUUCUUUCCAUCGGUUYGUUUCCCGUCACAUUGCGGAUCAUCUUGCGGGGUCUGCAGCAGUUUCCGCUAGCCGUUUUUCUAGUUUUGUUGCACUUACAGCGUGUAUACAGUGCCUGCGUCACAAUCUUUAUGUAUAUGUGUACAGUACGUGUAUCUGUUUCUGUUUCUGUUUCUGCUAUUACCUAUUGGCAUCGUUGAAAGAAGCAUUGAAAAAAGUAGCGAUAGCAUUCAUGACUGCACCCUCCAUUGCCGCUUGUGCUCUUCCUCCAUCUCCKACGUUUGGCACAAAGACCGUUGCAUUCCCAAGCUGUUCUAGCCACCGCAACACAGAGAGAUAUAAAAUACCUAAUUAUGCCGACGCCUUUGUAUCUGAAGCUGGUUCAUCUCUGCUGGCCGAUCCCAUCCCUCGCGAAACACAACACGAAGAUGUCCUGGAGAGGCGACCGGGAGAGAUGCGGAUUGCUGGUUCUGCAGUGUUUGCAUCUUCUUCGGAAGAUGCGGACGGGGUUGGCUUCUUGGCAUGCCCGAGUUCUCCGGGGCUUCCGAAAGAGUGUCACAAAGUGCGGCUAGAGCGCCAGGGUUGCCUACAACUUUCCAAAAACUGCAAAGAAGACGGGACAAAACAGAACGGGAUUCUGUUUGUGCCUGCUCUGUGCCCUUCUCCUCGCUGCAUUGCUGGUGGUGAUGGUGAUGGUGAUGGUGAUGGUCCUGCUGCUGCAUCUGUCCCUGCUGCACCUGCUGCUCAUCUGCCACCAUCCUCCAACAAAAACACAACGAAGCCUCUUACCAGGAGCAAGGACGAUGCCAUGGGCCGGUUGCUCAAGGCUCUAUCCCGGGACGAAAUCAUUAUGCUGGUGGAUAUCUUUGGAGAGACUGGGGCAAGCACCAGCACAGAAGAGAGUAGAGCAAGUGCUUCGAGUGCUGGACGCUUCAAUGCCGACGCCACUGGCUGCGCUUGUGGUAGGCGUGUGACAGGACAUAGCCACACCGGCUUUACCGACGUCCAAACGAAACUGGCAAAGUCUAAGGCGCAAUUGAGCAUCGAAAUCGGGUCGGGCAAACCGGAGGCGACACGGGUGACACCCCUGCCUAGGUCUCUCUUUCAUCUUGAUGGCGGUAUGACUGCGACUACAAGUACCACUACAAGUACCACUACAAGUACCACUACAAGUACGACUUCUAGUCUGGAAUGCAAAAGCAACUCGGUUCUCCCGUACAAUGCACAAGGGAUCAUCUCGCAGUACAACUCUGUGGCCAUUGAAACUAGUACCGUGGCAACGAACAACCAGCAACCUGACAAUGUUUCACUUCAUCCCUUGCCGUCGUUCUUUUUCCGGGCGUUGGGGUCGGAUUGUGGUUCAUCGCUACCCCUUCCGUCCACCGUGAAGGAAACGGUACACGAGGAAACAGAAACAACCAAGAAGAACGGGGCCCCGAAUAACUCUAAUGACAGGCCUCUGUGUUUCAUCUUGCCCUCGGGAGACCUUCCUCCCCGUCCACUUCCUUCGGCUGGUCGAAAGCGAAGCGUGGCUCGAAAGAAGAAGAGGGCGAGGAAGAAAGUCGCGGACGCGGACGCAGACGCAGACACGGGCGCUACUCAGCUGCCAUACAAGAAACGCAACGUCACCACGCGCUUGGUCCCCGCUGCCGAGGUCGUGGAGACCACAARUCUUACCGGUAACAGCAGAAAGGAAGGCCAAUCGCCACCGAAUCGCGGCAGGACCAAGAACGAGAAGGAAUGCCAAAGGACCUACAUCUACAUUUCGAAGCCCACCAUCAAGGACGAAGAGAGAUGGCACAGUCGUCUGGAGCAAGCCAGGGACUUCAUCCAAAGGAAUGGUCACGGGUGCAUCCCUAUCACUUACCCACCCAAUCCCGAGCUUGCCAACUGGGCAAAGAGGCAACGCUACCACUAUAAAAUGAUGAAGAAACGAUUGUCCUCGCACGAUUCGAUGCACAAACCCUGCGCGGUGUCUUCGUCCGCGUCUCCCGGGCAGGUUUUGGCAGCAGCCUCUGCGGUACAAGAGAGCGACGACCCGCUGCUCACUGUCUCGGCGGCGGAGCUGCGCCACAAGUUUCCCRACGCCCAAAUCGAGAAGUGUCUGAUGACGRCCCGGCGUCUCCGAGCACUGAUGGACAUUGGAUUUGUUCUAGACAAUCCAAACGGACGAUGGGAGCACAACUAUCAGCUCCUGAAGGAAUUCGCUCGAACCAACCAGGGGAGGACCACUCCGUCCCGCCACACCCACCCCGAGGUCUGGAGAUGGGCAUCGAUGCAGAGGUACCAGAUGACUCUUCACAAGAGAGAUCGCGCCAUUCGUGACAGGGACGACGGCGAGGACSAGGACCAGRAAAAAGGCCACAACAACAAGAACAACAGCAAGAAGCACAAACAAAACGGUGCUACUACUCGCAAGAAGAAAGUCUACCUGACGGAAGAGCGAAUCGCCAAACUCAACGCCAUUGGUUUCGAAUGGGAAUACUAUGCUGGUCAGAGCUAGAAGAUCUCGUGCGAUACAAUGCAAUUCCGUACAAUGAAAUUCAAUACAAUGCAAUUCAAUUCAAUUCAAUACAAUGCAAUUCAAUUCAAUACAAUGCGAUGCAAUGCAAUGCAAUACAAUGCGAUGCAAUGCAAUUCAAUGCCGCAGAACGAUGCCAUGCGCGAUCAAGUGGUGUGAUCUAGUAGACAAAUGAUGCCAAACAGACAAUCAGAAGACCAGAAGACCAAGAAAUGAAAAACAUCAACCUUUGCAACGAAACGAAACGAAACGAAACUCCAUACUCGAUCRCUUUGAUGUCAACAUGCGCAACUGCAACAUCAGCAAUCCAUCAYACACAWGGGAAUCCAAAAUGGGGAAAGGGGGAAGGGGGGAAUCGCGACCACAACGAAUACGAAAUACGAAUGCGAGUCCUGCUAACUACAAAUAUUUACAC